AUGGAGUCGCUGAUACUGCAGCUUCACGAUAUCUCCGCCGUGAAAUUUGGGAACUUCAGGCUUAAAUCCGGAAUCGCCUCCCCAAUGUACAUCGACCUCCGCCUCGUCGUCUCUUAUCCUUACCUACUCCGCCGAGUCUCGAACGCCCUCGCCGCGGUGAUCCCUCCCUCCGCCCGGUACGACCUCGUCUGCGGCGUCCCGUAUACCGCUCUCCCCAUUGCCACCUGCUUUUCUGUGUCCGCCGAUGUCCCGAUGGUCAUGCGCCGCAAAGAGGUCAAGGACUACGGCACAGCCCGAGCAAUUGAGGGGGCCUACAGGCAAAAUCAAGCUUGCCUCAUAAUUGAAGACCUCGUCACGAGCGGCGCCUCCGUGGUCGAGACGGCGGCGCCGCUUCGUGCCGCAGGGUUGAAUGUCACCGACGCGGUUGUUAUGAUUGAUAGGGAACAGGGUGGGAGGGAAAAUUUGGCAGAAAACGGGAUCACAUUACACUCAAUGGUGAAGCUGAGUGAGAUGGUAAAGAUAUUGAAGGAGAAGGGGAGGGUUUCAGAGGAUACAGAGAAAAUGGUUGUAAAAUUCUUGAAGGAGAACAAAAAGCUGCCGGUACCAGUGGCAGCAGUUUCUGAGAAUACGGUCAGAGUUAGACUUUCUUAUGAAGAAAGAGCGAAGAUGGCAAGGAACCCAACAGGAAAGAAAUUGUUUGAGAUAAUGGUGCAGAAAGGGACUAACUUGUGCCUGGCUGCUGAUGUUUCCACUGCUGCUGAGUUACUUGACAUUGCAGACAAGGUUGGGCCCGAGAUAUGCAUGUUGAAAACCCAUGUGGAUAUAUUGCCUGAUUUCACUCCUGAUUUUGGAUCUAAACUUCGCUCGAUUGCAGAGAAACAUAACUUCUUAAUAUUUGAAGAUCGCAAGUUUGCUGACAUCGGUAACACAGUCACAAUGCAGUAUGAGGGAGGUGUCUUCCAUAUAUUGGAAUGGGCAGAUAUUGUGAACGCUCAUAUAAUUUCUGGUCCAGGAAUAGUAGAUGGGCUAAAAUUAAAGGGUUUACCACGUGGCAGAGGUUUGUUGUUGCUUGCUGAAAUGAGUUCAGCUGGUAACCUCCUUAAGGGUGACUACACAGCUGCAGCUGUGAAAUAUGCUGAAGAUAAUCCAGAUUUUGUAAUUGGAUUCAUAUCUGUGAACCCUGCUUCAUGGCCUGGCGGGCCAGGAAACCCGUCCCUUGUUCAUGCAACACCUGGUGUUCAAAUGGUAAAAGGUGGAGAUGAAUUAGGCCAAAAAUAUAGCACCCCAAGCUCUGUAAUUUCGGACAGGGGCAGUGACAUCAUUAUAGUCGGCCGUGGAAUUAUAAAGGCAGCAAACCCUGUAGAUGCAGCUCGGGAUUAUCGCCUUCAAGGAUGGGAUGCAUAUUUAGCCAGUUGCAAGUGA